GAGAAGAAGAAGAAGAAGAUGGGGGGGCCGAGAAGACGGACGCCCCCGUUGUCAUCGUCGAAGAGCACUCUUCCUCCUCCCCUUCGGGAAAUAUCCUCCCUCCUCCCGGGGGCCAGGAUAACAGCCUGGCUUGGCCCCGGGAUGAUGUGCAGUUCUCUAUCACCAAGGGAACUGCCAUCAUGCAUGGCACCCUCAACCCGAGGGAGUUCCUAAAGGGUGCCACGCCCCCGACUGACAAGUCGGUGCUGUCGAGGGCCAAGGAUGACGCCCUCAGCGCCAAAGUGCUCCAAGCCUCUGUCACCGCUGCCCUCGGUCUUGGAGAGCUGCUCCAGAGGAUGGAGCAAUAUCAGGCGCAGAAGCGCCAGG